AUGGAAACUAAAUUGGACCAGUUGGGUAUGCUUUCGAGGGAGGUGUCAAGGGCAAACACAGGGACAGACAGUGGAUGUCAAGGAGACCCCAGAAAGAAGAUGGAUGGCCUUGGUGAGCAGCAGCAGCCGGGGAAUAGAACAAAAAUCCCCAAAGUCCCCACAAUGGCAGCAAAACCUGAUCAAGCCCAGUUAGAAAGGGAAGAGGAGACACACCCCCCACCUCCCACCCCGCCUUGGUACCGCGGUGACUCUGAGGGUCAGGCUCUAUUCCUGUCCAGGUGGCGUACCUGCCGCUGGGAGCCCUUUGUUCUGAUGCCUGUGGCCUUCACCCCAGCCACCCACCCUUUAACUUUUACUCUCCAAGAGCGCUGGCAUCACCACUCACCUUUUAGUACAAAGAGAGGAAAGAAGGGAAAAGCUUUUCAGAGAAAAGUCCUAACUGCUAGGGGAAAAAAUAGGGAUGGGCCAGAGAAUAGGACUCAGGGACCCAGUUUGAGAACCACUUGGAGAACCUGGUGUCUAACUCUGUUACUGGAUCUUUUCCUCACGGUGGAGCGGAGAGGUCAGGGCGGGGGCUGGGCAGGGCUCUGUGUUUGUGUAAGGCGCGAAGUGACCGUUUCGUGCUGUCACGGAUGGGGACAGGGUGGAGGAGGUGGUUCUCAGGGGAAUUCAAACUGCGAAGCCAAAGACAGGGUGUCAGGGUUCAGAAAUCGGAAUAACAAGGGCGGUGAGACAAAGGCCGAGACCCCGGACGCAGCGCCGGCGACAGAGAAGCGAAAAGGGGCGGGCACCCCAGCAUCCUGCAGGCCAGACGGAAUCCGAGGCGAAGCCAGGCCAGUCGCCCCCGCCCGCCUCCAGCCCCUCUCUCCCGCGGACGCGCGCGUCCCAGCGCCCAGACCGGGAACCGGCGGCGCCGCGGGGGUCUUGCAAGGCGGGACCCGGCCCCGGCUGCCCGCCCGGGCCAACUCCAUCCGCGCCCUCCGCGACCCGCCCGGGUCCCGGGAAACGCCGCCGCCGAACCCCGGGCACAGGACGGGCAGGUUUGACCCAGAGAUAUCCCCUAACCCUUUGGCUGUUCUCUCCCUCGUGCCGGAAAUCUUCUUCCCCGAAGGGGGUGAGUUUCAAUCGGAGCCCGGUAGGUGUGGUUCCUGAGAUGAUCGCCAAGUCCAAUGUGCACUAAAUUGGAGACAGCUAAUUUUAGGGGUUACUUGUUUCAAUAGGGUAAGUCUUGGAUAUGUUACACAUAUGAAAGGCACGGCCAGCCUCACUGGGGGUUAUUAAUUUUCUUAGAGUGACAUCAUGUGGUAAGAGGAGGACCACCCAGCUUGUCCUUCAAAGUGCUGAUAACAUUUUAAAGCAGAUGCGAGAGAGAAUGGGAAGGGAGAACUCAAAGGCAUUAAUUAAGUUGGAAU